UUGCUGAUAAGUAGCGCUUAAAAGCUCAUCUGUCUAUUCUAUAUAAACUUGCAACCGAGUGCAAUGCAGUAAAUAGUUUCAAUUUAUACUCAAUUAAGUGAAAAUCUUAAACAAUGAACUGCAAUUGGGCCUGGUUAAUGGUGCUGCUGCUGUCAGUGAUCGGUGGUGCUUUGGGUCUCAGCUGUCCCACCGGUUUCAAUGCCGAGAAAAACAAGUGCGUGAGCGACCGCCCGAUUCGUGGAUCUUGCAAACCUGGUUCGACAUAUCAACUGAGCGUCAAUAAGUGUGUGCUGGAUUAAAAGCAUAAAUAAUCAAGUAUUUUCCAGAAGAGUUUGUUUACUAAACUUCACUUAAUCAGUGACCAUAUAUUAUAUAAAAUCUUAUCAAUGUGUUUAAAAUGAAAGUUCAAAUAAGAACUAACUAAAAAAUGAGCUGUACUAUUCGAAAAAAUGUGAUUGAAAUAAAAUGAAAUGUUGACUUGAUUAAGGAAAUGCGUUGUUUAUUUAGAUGCCUAUUUUACUUUUGUUUUGUUUAAACCAGCUCAAAGUUGUUAUUCUUAGCUAUUGGUGAUUCUCUAGAAAAAUAUCUGAUUAUAUUACCUACUUUUAUUUAGACGAGUUGCAAUUAUUCACAUAUAUGGAAAUGUGAUAAAUCAGAAAUCCAGAUUUGCUUUAAAUUGCAAUUUUUUCUUAAAUCAAAAGAAAUUUUAUUAUGGACUUGUAAUUUUGUAAUUUUUAUUUAAUCAGUCUCGCUUUGUGCCAGAGCAAUAUUUAUAUAUUCUUCAGUAUAUAAAGUUCAGUUUUAUGAAAUACUUUGCCACCGACAUGCACGUUCACAAUUUAUAACAAAAGUCAUGUCGCUUGAGCCAAUUAUUAUUUGAGCCAAAAGAGCUGGUGGGCGCAUGUUUUUGGCCAAAAGUUCAACAAGUGCUGCAAAUUAACGAACAUGUCACGCGGCUGCUGCUGUUUUGUUGCUGCUUUUGAUGCUGUUGAUGGCCAGACAGAUACAGAGAGAGAAAGAGAGACGAAGAGUCGCUUUUGCCAUUAGUUUAUUACCAUGUAAUUGACUCAACGCUUGUCAGGCAACAUUGACGUCGACGUCGCUGUCGUCGUUGACGGCAGCUCCUGCGGCUUUAAUGUGCUGCAUUUAAUGACCAGAGUGAUACCAACACCAACAUAAACAUCAACAUCAACAUCAACACCAACCAACACUAACACCAAUCAACACCAGCAACAGCAACAACAACAACAUCAGCAGCGUUGACAGCGCAUCAAAGUCAAAGCGGUUUGUGUCUGCCGUCUCGCCAUCUGUCUGUUCGUCAGUCAGUCAGUCUGGCGUGAUUAGCGUGAUUGGCUGCCUGCACUCUGGCCCCCCUUAUCAAACGGCAUAGCCAAAACAAUAACAGCAACAACUACAGCAAUAGCGACAACGGCGAACGCUUGGGCUUUGACUUACGUAAUCGAACGCUUCACAGAGCUUCAUCUCGGAGUUGAGCUUAGUUCAGCUAAGUUUAGCUGUGAUUGGUUCAGUGGUUCAGCGGCUGCUAUAAAAUUCAUUAAAAACUUUGUCCCACUGCGAAAAUGCCUAUAAAAAAGAAAAGAA